AUGGCUGAAACCAAAUCCAAGAUUCUCAUCGUCGGAAGCACAGGCUUCAUUGGGAAACAUCUUGUCGAAGCCAGUGCAAAAGCCGGUCAUCCAACCUUUGCCCUGGUUCGAGAACCCACCCUUUCAAACCCAGCCAAGUCCAAGAUCAUCGAAAGAUUCAAGAUUUUGGGCAUCAACUUCGUCUUGGGUGAUCUCUAUGACCACGAGAGCCUUGUCAAGGCGAUAAAACAAGUCGAUGUGGUGAUUUCAACAGUGGAUCACUCGCAAUUGGUAGAUCAACGCAAGAUUAUAGCUGCAAUUAAACAAGCUGGCAAUGUCAAGAGAUUUUUCCCUUCCGAGUUCGGAAAUGAUGUAGAUCGAGCCCAUGCUGUUGAGCCAGCGAAGACAAUGAUUACUGUAAAAGCCAACUUCCGCAGAGAAGUUGAGGCAUCGGGGAUUCCGUACACUUAUAUCGUUGGCAAUUUCUUCUCUGGCUACUUCUUGCCCACAUUGAAUCAGCCCGGAGCCACUGCCCCUCCUAGGGACAAAAUCGUCGUUCUAGGGGAUGGAAACACCAAAGCAAUUUUUAACAAGGAACAGGACGUUAGUACUUAUACUAUUAAGGCUGUGGAUGAUCCGAGAACCUUAAACAAGAUUCUUUACAUCAUGCCCCCGGGCAACACCGUCUCCUUCAACGAAAUUGUAUCUCUCUGGGAAAAGAAGAUCGGCAAGACUCUUGAGAAGAUAUAUGUUCCAGAAGAACAACUCCUCAAGAAGAUUCAAGAGGCUGUGGAACCAAUCAAAUCGCUACUAUGUUAUGGUCACUCAGUGUUCGUGAAAGGGGAUCAUACUAACUUUGAGGUCGAGCCUUCAUUCGGAGUCGAAGCUACUGAACUGUACCCUGAUGUCAAAUACACUUCAGUGGACGAGUAUCUCAACCAGUUUAUUUGA